AUGCUGCGAAUCUUGAAGGCUGAGAGAGAGAGAUACAAAGCACGGUUGGCAGCCGGCAGAGAAUACGAAGUAUUGCCAACCUCAUGCACCGGGGUUGCAUUCAAAGAGGAGCCAAUUCUAGUCUCCCACUUUUGUGAUGCGGAAAGGCGCUCGGACGCGUCCAACUGCCGUGCCAGCGUUGCACCAAGCGCCAGAGCUUCCUCCGGCUGCGCCGGGAUGAGCUCACUUCAUAUCCACAGUCAAGGCACAUUAUCAGAUAAUCAAAGUACCGCUCAAUGCAUACCACAUGAAUAUUGCACAGCAAUCGGAUGCAAGCUCUCGGCGCCCGCACGCGUUGCAAACGUCCAUCCAGUCCCGGCAAGGACGGAUAGGGAGAACGGACCAGCGCAGACGCGCGUCAACCCACAUGCUGUUAGUUACGAACCGUUCAUGCAGACGACACAUCUUUACGGCCAGUCGUCAGGCCACCACUCGGUCAGGUCAUUUUUCCUGCCACGUGUUUGUAGCUGUUUGUCAUCCCCGGCUCCCCAACAAGGUCGCGGCGCGUGUUGGUCAGGGACCGGGAUGAUGCCUUGCAGCAGGGAUCGACAGGAUUCAACGCUUUUUUGUCUGACAUGCCCACAUCAAGGGUCCAGUCCAGUCCAGUCCGGUCUAUUUGACGGGCCAGACCGCCGCACCAACAUCGUCGACGUUGAGGUGGCAUUCAAUCUGUCGCCCGCAUGCGGUUGGCGGCUCCAGUCGGGGAGAGGGGGAGGCAGGGGAAGACGAGUUCUGAUAAUGCCCAAAGAGGCACGGAUGUCGGUGCACUGUCGUUGCCUGAGGAGCGGGAAGUGCGUCGAGUGGAUUGUCGCAUCGAGCGACUCCGCCCCGGUGAAGCGAUGUAGUCCCGUCAUGCAGUCUAUAACUCUAUAUGUCAACUCUCGCAAACUGAAGCAUGCGGUUCCUGAGUAUGCACAAAGCGGAGGCUUCCGUAACACACCAUCCACUGGCGAAACCGCGGAUGGUGUGCAAUGCUGGCGGUUGAGGGUCGGUUUCUCGUUAGGCGAGAGACUGCCCCGUGCAGUCGAUAGUGCGGCCCAGUGGGCGGUGCCCAAAGCUGUAUCUGUAUGGCCAUACAGUAUCAGCAGGGCCUUGGAUACAACUCUCUUCUUGGGCUCGUGGAGAGACGGGCGCUGCGCGUUUCAGCAGUGCAGCACAGCAAACAAGAUACCGACAGGCCAAAGCCAUGCACAGCCAGCGAUGAUGAAUGACAGCGGGCGUGUGGUGCAAGCGGCCGUCGUUCAGGCACCGGACGCAAGGUCGGCUUGA